GCUCAGACUCAGAGCCCAACCCAUCAUCAUCUCACACGGCCAGCCUCCGCCCAACACUCGGGCCACUGCUGUGCUCCGUAACCGACAACCAUGACGGACAAUAUCCCGUUACAGCCCGUACGGCACAAAAACCGACACGACGGCAAACGCAGAGACGGGUGCUGCCCAUGGUCGAGAUGCUGCGGUGGGGGCGAUUUUCGACCCCGGACCGUCUGGUUGGGCCAUCCGGAAAAGAGAGAACAGAGGUACCCAAGAAACGUCAUAAACAACCAAAAAUACAAUUUCUUCACCUUCUUGCCUGGGGUGUUAUUCAACCAGUUCAAAUACUUCUUCAACCUUUAUUUUCUGCUGUUGGCUUGCUCUCAGUUUGUCAAUGAGCUCAGACUGGGUCCGCUCUACACAUACUGGGUUCCUCUGGGGUUUGUAUUGAUUAUUACAAUUGUGAGGGAAGCCGUCGAAGAGAUCCGAUGUUAUCUGCGAGACAAAGAGGUCAAUUCACAGAUCUACAGCAAACUGUCCACAAGAGGUACGGUGAAGGUAAAAAGCAGUGGCAUCCAGGUUGGAGAUCUUAUCAUUGUUGAAAAGAACCAGCGUGUUCCAGCUGACAUGAUUUUUCUGAGGACUUCUGAAAGAAAUGGCUCCUGCUUUUUGAGGACUGAUCAAUUGGAUGGAGAGACCGAUUGGAAGCUGCGCCUCCCAGUGGCCUGUACGCAAAGAUUGCCCACAGCCGCAGAUCUACUGCAGAUCAGAUCGUACAUUUAUGCUGAAGAGCCAAACAUUGACAUCCACAACUUUAUUGGUACCUUCACCAGAGAAGAUGGAGAUCCUCCGGUCAAUGAGAGUCUCAGCAUUGAAAACACUCUUUGGGCCAGUACAGUCGUUGCAUCUGGCACAGUGGUCGGAGUGGUGAUUUACACCGGUAAAGAGCUGCGGAGUGUGAUGAACACCUCAAACCCGAGACAUAAGAUUGGACUGUUUGAUCUGGAGGUGAACUGCCUGACGAAGAUCCUGUUUGGUGCUUUGGUCGUGGUGUCGCUGGUCAUGGUGGCUCUUCAGCAUUUUGCCGGACGCUGGUAUCUCCAAAUCUUCCGCUUUGUUCUGCUUUUUUCCAACAUCGUGCCCAUCAGUUUGCGUGUGAAUUUGGACAUGGGCAAAAUGGUGUUCAGCUGGAUGAUCAAGAAAGAUUCAAAGAUCCCGGGGACGGUCGUGAGAGCAAGCACCAUUCCAGAACAGCUUGGCCGUAUCUCUUAUCUCCUUACAGACAAAACUGGGACCCUCACACAGAAUGAGAUGGUGUUCAGGCGACUUCAUCUUGGGACCGUGGCGUACGGGAUGGACUCAAUGGACGAAGUGCAGAGCCACGUGUUCAGUGCUUAUACUCAGCCUCCCCAAGACCAGGCUUCCCGUGCACCAGCUGCCACUAAAGUGAGGAAGACCAUCAGCAGUCGAGUGCACGAGGCAGUGAAGGCCAUCGCGCUGGUGCACAACGUGACCCCGGUGUACGAAUCCAACGGUGUGACAGACCAGGCGGAGGCCGAACAACAUUAUGAAGACACCUGUAGGGUUUAUCAAGCAUCCAGUCCAGAUGAGGUUUCUCUGGUUCAGUGGACAGAAAGUGUAGGUCUGACGCUGGUUGGGAGAGAUCAGUCAUCCAUGCAGCUGAGGACACCUAGUGGACAAAUCCUCAACUUCACGAUACUGCAGAUUUUCCCUUUCACAUACGAGAGCAAACGCAUGGGCAUCAUAGUGCGUGAUGAAUCCACGGGAGAGAUCACGUUUUACAUGAAGGGUGCAGACGUCGUGAUGGCCGGAAUCGUUCAAUACAAUGACUGGCUGGAGGAAGAGUGUGGAAAUAUGGCCAGGGAAGGCCUGAGGGUCUUAGUGGUGGCCAAGAAAUCACUUACAGAAGAACAAUACCAAGAUUUCGAGUCGCGCUACGUCCAGGCCAAGCUGAGCGUGCACGAUCGCUCGCUGAAGGUUGCCACUGUGAUUGAGAGUUUGGAGAUGGAGAUGGAGCUUCUGUGUCUUACUGGAGUGGAGGACCAAUUGCAGGCUGACGUCAGACCCACACUGGAGAUACUGCGCAACGCUGGCAUCAAAGUUUGGAUGCUGACUGGGGACAAAUUGGAGACGGCGACCUGCACAGCCAAGAACGCCCACCUUGUGACCCGCAACCAGGACAUCCAUGUGUUUAGGCCUGUAACCACUCGAAGUGAAGCUCACCUUGAGCUCAACGCCUUUAGGAGGAAACACGACUGUGCUCUGGUGAUAUCAGGAGACUCUUUAGAGGUCUGUCUGAAGUAUUACGAAUAUGAGUUUAUGGAGUUGGCGUGCCAGUGUCCGGCCGUCGUAUGUUGCCGCUGCGCCCCGACACAGAAAGCUCAGAUAGUUCGCCUGUUGCAGGAACGCACUGGUAAACUCGCCUGCGCUGUUGGGGACGGAGGAAAUGAUGUCAGCAUGAUCCAGGAAGCAGACUGUGGCGUGGGAGUGGAGGGCAAAGAAGGGAAGCAGGCAUCUCUAGCUGCAGAUUUCUCCAUCACUCAGUUUAAGCACUUGGGCAGACUGCUGAUGGUACACGGUCGUAACAGCUACAAGCGUUCGGCGGCGCUGAGCCAAUUCGUCAUUCAUCGCAGUCUCUGCAUCAGCACCAUGCAGGCUGUGUUCUCCUCGGUCUUCUACUUUGCAUCUGUUCCACUUUAUCAAGGUUUCCUCAUUAUCGGGUACUCCACUAUCUACACAAUGUUUCCUGUAUUCUCUCUGGUUUUGGAUAAGGAUGUAAAAUCUGAGGUGGCCAUGUUGUAUCCUGAACUUUAUAAAGAUCUUCUGAAGGGUCGACCUCUCUCGUUCAAAACCUUUUUAAUAUGGGUGUUGAUCAGUAUCUACCAAGGAAGCAUCAUCAUGUAUGGAGCUCUGUUGCUGUUCGAGUCAGAGUUUGUGCACAUCGUGGCGAUCUCCUUCACCUCUCUGAUCCUGACCGAGCUCCUGAUGGUGGCGCUGACCAUUCAGACGUGGCACUGGCUGAUGAUCGUCGGCGAGCUCCUCAGUCUGGCCUGCUACAUCGCUUCUCUGGUCUUCUUACACGAGUUCAUCGAUGUGUAUUUCAUCACCACACUGUCUUUCGUCUGGAAGGUCACGGUUAUCACUUUGGUCAGCUGCCUGCCUCUCUACAUCCUCAAAUAUCUGCGGCGACGCUUCUCCCCACCCAGCUACUCCAAACUGACCUCUUAAAGACCAACGUACCACCCCUCGCAUCUCCAACCUCAAACUUCUGGUUUGGUUUGGUACUGUAAUUUACUCUGAACUCCCUAAAGCUAAAAAUGCAGGUGUGGUUUUAUUUAUCUAGUAAGUUUUACUAGAUUUUUGGAUUUAGGCGUAUUCUUGAUACUCAGUCAGUGUUAAAGAGCAGACUCACCGAGAGUCAUUCAGUCUGAAUCAUCCCAUUUCACUACAGUUUAACUUUCAGUGAAUCACUCUCACUAGGGAAGACUAAACAAACUGGUUUGCUUUGGGAUUUAUCCUCGACAUAAAGGGAAGUCUGGGACGUUUUUCUAUAAUUAAUCAUGUGUUGUUGUUAUGCAUCUCAAGUUCAUUUCUUUUGUAUUUAUAUUCUCAUGAAAAGGAGAAAUUUGCACAAUGAAAGGGGAAUAUGGAAACUGGAAUUAAAUUUAUAAGUUAUUUUAUGGUCUUUUGGUACAUUUUUUUUUAUUUAUUUUCCAAAACUACUGAACGUUAUUAUUUAAUAACUUUAAAAAGUCUUCAGAUCAGGUGAAAUAAAAACGUAUAUAUUGUACAACUCCACAAAACACAAAUUAUAAUGUAGUAAUAAUUAUUAUUAUUAUUAUAAUGUAACGUUAUGUGUCUGCGUGUUUGUGCAUGCGCAACCUCAUUAACUAGGUUUACUGGAAGCCAUAACUAGAUUCAGAGGUCUCUAUCAUCUUAAACCGAUACUCCAGCCAAAUAUCAAAAUUACACAGCAAAAAAGAUUUUCAAGAAAACAUUUUCUUAGUAUUUUUGUCUUGUUUUCAGUAAAAAUAUCAAAAAAUAAAUAAAUUAAGAUGCUUUUUCUUGAUGAGCAAAACGACCCAAGAAAACAAGUCUAGUUUUUAAACCAAAAAUAUCAAAUCUAAGUGAUUUUGUGCAUAAAUCAAGCAAAAAAAAUCUGCUAAUGGGGUAAGCAAAUUUUUCUUGAUUUUUUUUUUCUUGGGUCAUUUUGCUCAUCAAGAAAAAGCAUCUUAAUUUAGGAAUUUUUUUAUAUUUUUAGUAUUUUUGUCUUGUUUUCAGUAAAAAUAUAAAAAAAAUCCAAAAAAUAUCAAAUUUAAGUGAUUUUGUGCAUAAAACAAGCAAAAAAAUCUGCCAAUGGGGUAAGCAAAAAAAUCUUCUUUUCUUAAACACUAAAUUCAAGAUUAAUAAUAAAUUCAUAUAAACUAAAUUAAUCACUAAAUUAAUAUUUUUGGUCUAAAAACUAGACGUAUUUUCUUGGGUUGUUUUGUUCAUCAAGAAAAGGAUCUUAAUUUAAGAAUUUUUAGAUAUUUUUACUGAAAACAAGAUAAAAAUACUAAGAAUUUUUUUUCUUAAAAAUCAUUUUUUGCAGUGUAUAGUUUAUAAAGUUUCAAAUCUGAAUAACAUCAGUUACCUGCAAAAAAACUGUAUUACCCUUUUUAGCCAUGUGGAUUACCUUUGUGAAGGAUGAAUGCACUUUUUGAGGGUUUGAAGUCAGAAGUUGACUAAUCCCUGUUUGCUACCAAUAUAAAACCAUAUUUCACAGAUUGCUUGAGGGUAAGUACAUCAUGGGUUAAUUUUGAUAUUUUGCUGCAGUAUCCCUUUAAAAGCAUGAACAUCUGCUUGUACGGGAACGUUUGUCCACUUUUGUGGUGACCUCUGACGCUAAACAUGGUCACUUUUGUACCCUGACCUCCUCCGUUGACCGGGGUUUUGACCAUUACACCUACACACAGUUCGGUUGUCUUUUAAAACAUUCAGUCGGUGGAUUAAAGGGCAAAAUCUUAUGAUGCAUCUUAGCGUUUCAUGUUUUUUUAGGUGUCUUUAUGAGACAUAAGCCAGUGUGCAUCUUGAUGUGUGUUUGUAAAUGAUCCCCAAAAAAGUGACCUGCACUUACCAUUACUCACUAUGUGUCUGUGUUUGCAGUAAUUGUGCCAUAUUCGCUCAUCUGCACACCGUUAUUUUGGUAAAUGCGCUUAUUUUAUUUAUUGUAAGUCUCUUUGCAUGGAAGAGCAUUUGUACAGAUGUGAUGUGGACUCUCGUUGUCAUGAAUUUCAUCUGACUACUUUAUCGUUGACUGUUUUUUAUGAUUGGGACUAAUUCAUUUAAUAAUGUAUUGUAACCUACUGAACUGUAAAUAACAAAAAAAAGGCUUUUAUUUAUUGUUUUUCUUACCUGUGUUGGAAUUUGCACAAAUUUACAGAACAAAAAAAGAGACGUGUGGCUCAGGAUUAAAGGUGUUAAAAUAAAAAUCAUCUUUUAUAAACUUUC